AUAAUAAUAAUAAUAAUAAUAAUAAUAAUAAUAAUAAUUCUAAUUCGAGUGGUUCAUCAUUAACAAUGGUUAAUGGAAAUGGAGAUCGGUCUAUAAGUCCAAUUUCAAUUCCGGAUAAAAAUGAUAAAAGAUCUCGUACUGGAAGUAUUGGAAGUCAUAGAGGAAGUGUUGGACAAUAUCUUGACUUUGAGAAUUCAAGUUUAUAUGAUGCAGAUGCUGAUUUUGAAGAAGAUAAUGAUAAUGAUAAUGGUCAUGAAACAGAUAGUCCAACUCUGUAUUUAUCAUUAGAAAAGACAAAUUCAUUAGAAACUCUUGAAGAGAAUAGAUCAGAUUUACCUCAAUUUGAUGAUCAUAUGUUUGAAGAAAAGGUUAAUUUCCCAUCUAUUGAAGGUAAUCAUUUUGAAGAUAUUCCAUUAGAAAUUCAACAAGUUGAAGAACCUCCAUGGAUUGGAAUGACUUAUGAAUAUUUAUUAACUCCAAAAUAUGUUAAAUAUUCAAGAAGAAAUAAGCAUAGUCCAAAAGUAAUUAGUAAUUUAUUCUUAGCUCAAGAAUUAAAUCAAAUUAGUAAUGAUAAUAAUAAUAUUAAUAAUAUUAAUAAUUUAGAUUCAAAUACUAGUGGUACAUUAUCUGAUGAAGAUGAUCUGCCACCAUCAAAUUCAAUUGAUCAUAUUGUUCUGGGAAAAGAUGAUACCACUAAAGUUAAUAAAAAUGAAAUAUUUGUUAUGGAAUUUUCUCGAGAUGGUAAAUAUCUUGCCACGGCUGGAGAAGAUUCAAUUAUUAGAAUUUGGAAAGUUAUUUCAUCACCACUUGGUAGAUUAGAAUUUAAAAAUUCUGAAAAUUCCAAUAAAAUUAUUAAUAAAGAUCAUCAUAAAUCUCAUGAUAUAUUUACUGCCGCACCAGUAUUUCAUCAAAAACCUUUUAAAAUAUUUAAAGGUCAUUCUAAAAGUAUAUUAAGUUUAGAUUGGAGUAAAAAUAAUUUUUUAGUAUCUGGUAGUAUGGAUAGAACUGUAAAACUUUGGCAUGUUGAAAGAGAUGAAUGUUUAAAAACUUUUCAACAUGAAGAUUUUGUUACAACUGCAAAAUUUCAUCCUACUGAUGAUCGAUUCUUUUUAAGUGGAUCACUUGAUAAUCAUGCGAGAUUAUGGUCAAUUUUAGAAGAGAAAGUUGCUUAUAAUAAGAAUUUAGGUGAUGAUGUAUUAAUAACUGCACUGGAAUUUACUCCUGAUGGUCAAUAUAUUGUUAUUGGAGGAUUUAAUGGAUCAGUAUUUAUACUUGAAACUAAAGGAUUAUUUCAUAUAAAUCGAUUUGAAAUUAAAGAUCGAUCAAUGGUUAAUCCAUUUCAUAAUAAAAAUGGUAAUAAAAUUACUGGAAUUAAAAUUUUUGCCAAUGAAUAUUAUAAUAAAGAAUUAUCAACUCGAGAAUUAGAUAAAUGGUCAUUUCUUUUAACAACUAAUGAUUCAAAAGUUCGAUUAGUUAAUUGGAAUCUGAAACGUUUAGUUACAAGAUUUAAAGGUUUAACUAAUAAUAGUUCAUCAAUUGUUGCAUCUAUUAAUGAUAAUCAUCAUUAUAUUAUAUCUGGAUCAGAAGAUCAUUGGUGUUAUAUUUGGGAAAAUAAUAAUAGUAUUAUUAAUAAUAAAUUAAAAGCUUCAUUAAAAGAAUUAGUUAUUGAAGGUAAACAUCAUCUUCAUGAUUUACAAAGAAAACAUAAGAAAUAUUCUAAAAUUAUUGAUGAUAAUAAAUAUAUUAAAAAAUUUUUAGAAGAUGAUAGUGAAGAUUUUGAUUUUGUUUCAAAUGAAAAUAAUAGUUAUUCAGCAUUUCAUGCUCAUCAUUCAAAAGUUAAUCUGGCAAUUUUUGCUCCUCAAACUACUAAAAGAUUACUUGAAUUAUCUGAUGAUAUAAUUUAUGAUUUACUUCGUCGAGGUAAAGCUUGUCAUUUUAAAUCAACGGCAAAGAAUUUUGAUGAUGAUCCAUUAAUUAAUGGAGAAAUUAUAAUUACUACUGAUCAAACAGGACUUAUAAGAGUAUUUCGUCAAGAUUCAGCUUAUAAAGUUCGAAAAAGAUUUCUUGAUAUGUAUAAAAAAGGUCCAUGUGUUAGUGUUAAAAGGGAAUUACGAGAUUUAGCUGAUUCAAUUCAUGUAAGUGAUAGUUCAGGAUCAAUUUCUAAUUUGAAGGAUAAUUGUGUACCAUCAGUUUCAUCAUUAAAACUUGAUGUUAGUAAAAAAUUAGGUAAACAUGGUAGAAGUAUUAGUCCAUCAUCUUCAGAAACAUACUUUAAUCUUAAAUUACCUAAUAGAAGGAAACCUCCUCCAUUAAAUUCAAAUCAAAGUUCAAAUUCAGUUAUAUCAAAUAGUACAAUUCCAAUUACAACAACAACUGCAAUUCCAAUUCCAACUCCAACUCCAACUUAUACUACAAGUUCAUUAAUAAAUCUUAAACAACAUGUUUCAUCACCCAUGUCAGGGAUUUUUACUGAGGAUGGAGUUGGAGUUGGAGUUGAUAGUAAGAAUUUAGUUUCAUUAACUGAAUCAGAAGAUCAUACAUUAACUUCAGCUACUGGAUUUAGUCCAACAGAUUCAACUAUGGAAAAAUUCCCCUCACUUGAAACUAAUGGUAGUAGUGGAACUAAUUCUAAUGCUAAUAAAUAUGAAUCUUUAGAAAUUAAUUUUAGAAGUCCUUCAACUGAUGAUGAAAAGAGACAAGCAUAUGUUGAACGAGAAUUAUCUAAAUUAGGUGUAAAUAAUGGGAUUGGUAUAGAUAAGAGAGGAAGAAAGAAAUAGUUUACAUAGUUUAAAGACAUUUCUUUAGGUAUAUUACAUAUUUAUUAAUUUAAUUUAAUUGAAUUUAAUUUAAUUUAAUUUAAUUUAAUUUAUUUACUGUACACUUAACCAGACCAAUAUUGAUAACU